ACCAAAGUUGGAACUUCCUCCUCAGGCUGGAGGUAACCAGAGACCGAUGACUUCACGCAGGAGCGGUGCUAUAAAAGGGUGACCCUGCAGAAAAAGUAAACAUUGCUCCGUCUGGCUGCAGGCUGGGCUGAUCUGACCGAGAACUGAGAGAGACCUGUCAGCCCAGCAGCACAGCCGGGAUUUCAGCAGUCCUUGCAGAGCUGUAGGGGGGAAAAGACGGAAUAUAGAUACUGUCAGAUAAUUGCUGCAAAAUGCCACAGAACGUAGUCCUCCCAGGACCAGCACCUUGGGGAUUCAGGCUGGCCGGCGGCAUAGAUUUUAACCAGCCAUUAAUCAUAUCCAGGAUUACUCCAGGGAGCAAAGCUUCACAAGCCCAUUUGUCCCCUGGUGAUGUCAUUAUUGCUAUUGAUGGCUAUGGCACAGAGAACAUGACUCACAACGAUGCACAGGAGAGAAUUAAAGCAGCGUCACACCAGCUGUGCCUGAAAAUUGAAAGGGCAGAAACAAAAUUGUGGUCUCCACAAGUAAGUGAAGAUGGCAAACCCCAUCCAUUCAAAGUAAACUUGGAAGCUGAACCUCAGGACUUGGGCUACUUUGAACACAAGCAUAAUAUUCGUCCCAAACCUUUCAUAGUCUCAGGCCAGAGCAGUGUUUGCAGUACUCCUUCUGGUAUUGACGGCGGCAGUGGACGUAGCACACCCUCUUCAGUUAGCACUGUUAGCACAAUCUGCCCUACUGAGCUGAAAGCGGCAGCUAAAAUCGCCCCCAACGUUCCCUUAGAAAUGGAACUUCCUGGCGUCAAGAUUGUACAUGCUCAAUUUAACACACCUAUGCAAUUGUACUCAGAUGACAAUAUUAUGGAAACACUGCAGGGUCAGGUAUCUACAGCACUGGGGGAGAUACCUCCACAAAGUGACCCAGUACCAACUUCAGUGCCCCAGUCUGAUGUUUAUAGGAUGCUACAUGAUAACCAGGAAGGAUCAAGUCAACCACGUCAGUCUGGUUCCUUUAAGAUUCUCCAGGAUAUGGUCUCUGACGAAUCUGAUGGACGGCCAACUGGUACAAGGAGUGUGAGAGCACCAGUAACAAAGCCCUCUUCUAGUUCAGGAAGUGUUCCAAAGGUUCCCUUGUGUGACAAGUGUGGAAAUGGAAUUGUUGGCACCGUUGUAAAGGCACGUGAUAAGUACCGGCACCCAGAAUGUUUUGUGUGCUCAGAUUGCAACCUCAACUUGAAGCAGAAAGGUUACUUCUUCGUGGAGGGACAAUUAUACUGUGAAACCCAUGCCCGAGACCGCAUGAGGCCACCAGAGGGAUAUGAAGCAGUCACUGUUUAUCCCAGGGCUUAAGUGUCUGAAAACAAACUUACCUGCAUGCACAAAACCAUUUUCAGCUUACAGCACCAAUACAAUCCCGGAAUCCAACAUAUUGCUUUUGGGUGGGGGCGGGGGGGAUAGGGGCAUAUCUACCUAAAAUGGCAACCCACAAACACACCUGUGCCUCACCCCCACUAGACAGGGCAUAGUUUCCUGCUCACAGUCUCCACCCCCACACUCGACCUCCAUGUGGAGGGGAGAGCAGAGCCCCAUUCACAAUCUUCACAUGGAGAUUCCAAUGGGGCAAGCCAGCUUGCCCCUUCCCCUCUCUACAUGGAGGUCAGGUGUGGGGCUGGCUCCAUGCCAAACCCCACAUGGAGGGGGGAGCAGCCUGGGAUUGUUCUAACAUGGCUGGAAUGAAGCUGGCUUCUCUGGAGCCUCCAGCUUUAUACUGUUGGCUCUACCCCCCCUCCACCUCUUGUUGGGGGAUGGAGCCAACAGUAUAAAGCUAGAGGGAUCAAGAGCAGCCAGCUUCAGUCUGCCCUUGGCUAAGCCUGGUGGCUCAAACAGGCCCUUGGUGCUCCCAUGUCCACACGGAAAGUCUCACCAGCCUUCAACUGUGCUCCAGAAUGGGAAGUUCCCAAUCGGGAUUCAGUUGGGGGCGUGAGGGUGGCUGCAAAUUGGGCUCCCCAGAAGUAGCUUGAGAAUCCCCCUGUCCCCCUAGGUACACUACUGGGGGCGGUGGGGGAGAGCACAGAACAGAAUGCUGACUUUCCAGUAUCCUGUGCCUCUGUCUUUUUAUUAUUAUCAUGACUGCCAGUGUAAUCUGAUGGCAUAUAAAGUUAAUAUAACAUGCAGCAUUAGAUUAAGAGCCUUUGAAUUUAUUUUGUUUAUGGUUACCAAUAGUGAAAAAAACCUGUAUACUUGUCCAAAUCUUUAAAUUCCUUUUUUUACAAGUAACACUUGAAAGGAAUCCAGUCCAGAGUACUCGGGCCUCUGAAAACAAACCCCUUAGGCUGAAGAUAUUAUAUAGUGAUCACUGUGCUAUGAAAACACUGUGAGCAAUUUUCAUGUCAUCUAUCAAUACUUCUCUUCAAUGCAUCCUGUGGGGGCAGGGGGCUGCCUGAGGAGGAACCGGUGAUAUGGCACUCCUUGCUGGAGACUACAAGGGUGACGAGGCAAAUGAGUAGAGUAGAGCUACACAUGAUUUGCUUGUGGGGAUCAGAUGGCGCUAUUUGCCUUGGUAACAUCCAGUGCAGUGAAAUGCUCUGGACGUGGUGUGUGUGUCUUCACUCUUAGACAUCUAUGCAUUAUUUUUAAAUCAUUUAUAUCUAACAAUUACAAUAUCAUGCAUACUAUGAGGUAGAAAUUCAUUUUCCAUACUUUACCUCUCAACUUGUAUGUGUUAAACAUAAAACUUAAGAAGUCAUUUUCAAAAGAAGAAAGGUUCCUACCCACCCACCUCCCAACUGAAAUAUAUUGCUGUAUUACUGUACGUUUAUUUUCUCUGCCUGUGUUUAGCCAUUAUGCUGGCUAUUCGCGAAGAAAUAAAUACAUGAAAAUGUCA